ACUAGUAGGGGUUGCCUGGGGGGUUAGUGGACUCUGCUCCGUGUGAUCUGCAGUGGAAACUAUGGAAUAUACUUGAAAAUCGCACGUUAUUGGAAGAGCAAUGGGAGGUGGUUCACCACAGCCCAGCUCUACCUUGGGAAAACUGUGUUUAUAUCUCAACAUCAGCUCUCCAAUGGGGAUCUCGUGAUUCAUUGGAACCUCAGCCGUUGCCCCUAAGAGCAGUGUUACUUGAUGUGCCUUCUUGAUCAAUUCAAUUUGCUCAUUAAAUGAAAAGGUUAAAUUAUUUUACACAGUUAUGUGUAUGGGUCAAUCAGCCUAACAAAGGCAAAAAAAUAAAUUAAUGGGACAGUGUUGCCUAUCAACAUGAUUGAUAUGCACAUGGUGCUUAAUGAAUAAGGAUAUGAAAAUUACAAUUACUCUGUAUGAUGAAGAUUGCUUGAUUAUAGUAAAAGCAUCUAACCCUGUGCGGCUCGAUGGCGCCUUAAGUGAAAUUUCGUUCUUCCGUAUUUGCGUGUUAAGAUAAGACAAUAUUAAUUAAGAAGAGACAACCCCCAUGCCAAUGAUGGGUGACGGGCAAGAUGUCGUCGAAGUAGGAGGAGGAGGAGGAGAGGGGGGCACUGUUGACAUCCAAGAUGCCAACCAAGCAAUACAGCGGCUUCAGGAGUUGGAAAAGCUCUUCCUAUCUGGGCCAGCAGAAACAAGUGGCCAGAGUUACUCUGUUGAAACGCUCUUAGAUGUGCUCGUGGUUCUCUUUGACGAGUGCACAAACUCUUCACUGCGUCGUGAGAAGACUGUGUCAGAUUUCAUAGAAUAUGUUAAACCAGUGGUGCAGCGCGUGAAGGCCCUCCGUCUGACCCGGGACGACUUCGAGGUCAUCAAGGUGAUAGGGCGCGGAGCCUUCGGCGAGGUGUGUGUGGUCAAGCUCAAGGGCACCGACAGGGUCUUCGCCAUGAAGAUCCUUAACAAGUGGGAGAUGCUUAAGAGAGCCGAGACGGCGUGUUUUCACGAGGAGCGCGACGUGCUGGUGUUUGGGGACAGACGCUGGAUAACUAACCUUCAUUAUGCCUUUCAAGAUGAUAGUAAUCUGUAUCUGGUGAUGGAUUACUAUUGUGGAGGGGACUUGCUCACAUUACUUAGUAAAUUUGAGGACAGACUCCCAGAAGAUAUGGCCCGUUUCUACAUAGCAGAAAUGAUUCUUGCAAUUGAUUCUAUACAUCAGUUAAAAUAUGUCCACCGAGACAUCAAACCGGAUAAUGUGUUACUUGAUGCCAAUGGCCAUAUACGACUGGCAGAUUUUGGAUCAUGUCUACGGCUUCAGGAAGAUGGAACAGUACAGAGUAAUGUGGCAGUAGGAACACCCGAUUAUAUAUCUCCAGAAAUCCUCAGGGCUAUGGAAGAUGGUCAGGGGCGGUAUGGCCGGGAGUGUGAUUGGUGGUCGCUGGGGGUGUGUAUGUACGAAAUGCUGUUUGGAGAAACUCCCUUCUAUGCAGAGUCGUUGGUGGAAACGUAUGGAAAAAUAAUGAAUCAUAAGAAUUGUUUUGAUUUUCCAACUGACCUAGGCUAUGAUGUAAGCGAAGAAGCGAAAGAACUUAUGAGACAACUUAUAUGUGCGUCAGAAUACAGAUUAGGCAAAAAUGGCAUUAGUGACUUUAAGAAUCAUCCAUGGUUUGCUGGUGUAGAUUGGGAGACGCUAAGAGACAGCACGGCUCCAUAUAUUCCCGAAGUUUCCAGUCCAACCGAUACAAGUAAUUUUGAUGUUGACGAUUCAGAAGCACGCAGCCAGGAUGCCUGCCCUCCACCUGCAAAUGCUGCCUUCAGUGCUCUACAUUUACCUUUUGUGGGCUUUUCAUUUACUCAGGGAAGCCAAAUCGGUGACAAGGGAUGUUUAAUGACCGUGUCACUCACCGCAUCAGUGCAUGUUGGGCCCCCGUCAGAUGUGAUAUCCUACGAGAGACGUAUUAAAUGUCUUGAGUCGGAAAACAGAGAAUUAGUGAAGUUAACAGAUAGAAUAGAUGGAAGUACAGGUUCAACUUCUGAAGAAUUAAAAAAAUUAGUAGACCAGGUGCAGGUUCUCAACAAGCAAAAUCAAGAAUUAUCUUAUGAAGUGUCUAGCUUAAAGAGACGAGCAACAGAUGGAAUGAGUGAAGCAGAGGUAAAGCUUAAGGAAAUGGACCGCCAGAUGAAGGCAGCAAUGCAGGACAAGGAGAAUGCAAAUAGAGAAAUUGCAGAUCUACAAGAAAAAUUGACAUUACAAACAAAAGAAUUACAAGAUGCACUAACCCAAAGAAAGUUGGCAAUGUCGGAAUACAGUGAAGUUUCAGAUAAAUUAACAGAAUUAAGAAAUCAAAAGCAAAAAUUUUCCCGACAAGUUCGGGAUAAGGAGGAGGAACUUGAGACAGCAAUGCAAAAAAUUGACACUUUGAGACAAGAUCUACGGAGAGCAGAAAAACUUAGACGUGAAUUGGAAGGUCGAUCUGAGGAAGCUGAAGCCGAGGCGAGUAAAGAACGCAAGUUGCGAGAACGUUCAGAGGAAUAUACGCGGAAUAUAGAAGGUGAACUAGAGAAGAUGCAACAAAGACCACAGGGCAGAAGUCCAUCUCUCAACUCCAUCGAGGCGUCACAAGAAGUAUCAAGAUUAAAAUCUGACUUAGAACGUGUUUGUGUGGACCAGGAGGAAAGAGCACAGCAGCAGGCUCUCCGACAUAGUCACGAGAUGUCUGCAAUGAGAGAUCAGCUGGCAGAAGCAGAGUCUAUAAGGAAUACACUUCAAAAUGAGGUGACUGUAUUAACGAAGAAAGUGGAGCAGUUGCGCAGUGAACUAGAGAAGAGAUCUGAAGAGCAGGAAGAUUCUGUUAUGGAUGUUAAGCGCAGACAUGACCGGGAAAAAGCAAUGUUGCUUGAUGAUAAUAAAAAACUCCUUGGCGAUGUGGAAAGGCUCACGGAAACCUUGAAUAGAAUGCAGAAUGAACGUCGAUCACUUGAAGAAGAGUAUGAGGAUCUUAGAAGUAAAAAAGAAUCAAUAGCUCAGUGGGAGGCACAAAUAACCGAAAUUAUUCAAUGGGUGAGUGAUGAGAAGGAUGCCCGUGGUUACCUUCAAGCUCUAGCUACACGAAUGACGGAAGAACUGGAGACCCUGAAGGUAUCUGGGGUUGUUGGCAGUGGAUCGUCAGUCUUAGCACCUCCAGAGAAGAACUGGCGAAAUCGUCGCUCUCAGAAAUUAGACAAGAUGGAACUCUUAAAUUUACAGUCAUCCCUCAACUCUGAGAUUCAAGCAAAGCAAGUCAUAUCUGAAGAGCUGAGCAAAGUUCGUGCAGAUCUAGUCGCAGCACAAAAAAUAUCUUGUAUUGUACUGCAUGUGAUUAAUAAGCAAACUGAAACCUUUAGUUUUGAUUUGCUCAUCUUGAUUUUGUGCUUAUCAGUUCUGUAUUAUUCUUCUUCAGUGUUGGAGCGUCCAGCAUCGCAGAUGUCCUUCCUGGAGCAGUUUUUGAAAGAGACAUCUCUUCGGAGAGGAGGAUCAUUAGAGUCAGAGGAAGGGGACGUGGAGGAUGAAGGAGCUCCUUCCGUCCCCUCCCUCACAUCUUCUCGAUCAUUCGUUAGUCAGGAACAACUUGGUUCUCCUCAUAUGGAGUCUCGUCCUCUACCACCUUUACCUCAGACUGCUACCAGUGUUCCUCCAGGGGUAAUGCCCACAAUGGCCCAUCACCAACACUCGGCUGUUGCCAUGGGCAUGUCAGGAGGGAGCAGUAGCAGUGGUAGUGGACCGUCCCCUCAUAUGAUGAAACAAAAGGCUCAUCAGUUCCUAGUUCGCUCUUUUAGUAACCCUAUAAAGUGCUCUCACUGCACAUCCCUCAUGGUUGGCCUUACUCGUCAAGGAGUAGUGUGCGAGGUCUGCGGCUUUGCCUGCCACACUACGUGUAAAGAGAAAGUGCCGCAGAUUUGCCCUGUGCCUCCUGACCAGACCAAGAGACCAUUGGGUAUUGAUCCUACUCGAGGCAUUGGUACAGCAUAUGAAGGUUUUGUAAAAGUACCAAAGCCUGGAGGGGUCAAGAAGGGAUGGUCAAGACAGUUCGUUGUUGUGUGUGAUUUUAAGCUCUUCCUCUACGAUAUCUCACCUGAAAGAAAUGCCUUACCAAGUGUGUGGGUAAGCACAGUCCUAGAUAUGAGAGACGACCAGUUUGAAGUUUCAACGGUGCGAGACUCUGAUGUGAUACAUGCCAACAAGAAAGACAUCCCUUGUAUUUUUAGAGUAACAACAUCUUCAAUGGUGGGAGUGAGGCAUCAUACGCUAAUGCUUGCAGAUACAGAAAAUGAAAAAACCAAGUGGGUUGUAGCUUUAAAUGAAUUACACCGCAUAUUGAAGAGAAACAGACUACCUAACAGACAGAUAUUUACUGCCCACGAGGUUGUUGAUGGUAGUGUAACGCUGAUAAAAAAUGCCGUGUGUGGUACAGUUAUCGAUCCUGACCGUCUUCUAUUGGGUGCUGAGGAAGGUCUUUUCUGUAUUGACCUUGACAAUUGUGAAAUUGCAAGGAUAGGAGAUGGUAAAAAAAUUGUUAGUCUUGAGUAUAUAGCAGAAGAACAACUGAUUAUGGUCAUUGCUGGACGGCAGCGGCAGGUUAAAUUGAUUCCUGUCAGAGCUCUUGGUGGUGAUGAUGUUGAAUGGAUUAAGGUGUCAGAAACAAAGGGUGCCAUUGCUUUUACUACGGGCAAGUUUCGCACUCCAAGUAGCGUUGUCUUUACUUAUUGUUUAUGUGUAGCUGUUAAAAGACAAAUCAUCAUAUAUGAAAUCAACCGAGCUAAAGGUCGACACAAACUGUUCCGUUCAAUCUUGCUGCCCCAGCCACCUCAAAGCCUUGAUAUCUUAGGUGAUGGACGACUUGCUGUGGGCUUCCAAUCUGCCUUCACCAUAUAUUCUAUUCUUGGUGAUCAACACCCCCUGUCCUUGGUUCACCCAGAUAGCCAGUCAUUGGGCUUCCUCUCUAUGACACAGUGUGAGGCUCUCAGUUGUAUCGAGGUUACAAGGGGGGAAUAUCUUCUGGUGUUCAAUCUUCUGGCUGUGUACGUUGAUGCCUCGGGUCGCAAAAGCCGUGAAAAGGAGCUGAUGUACCCUGCCAUACCUACAGCUGUUGCGGUCUGUGAUGGGCUUUUACUUGUCUACAGUGAUAUUCACAUAGAUGUUUUUGACGUGUUAUCUGGAGACUGGGUUCAGACCAUCAACCUUAAGCGCACCAAACCUCUAAUGCGCACUGGUAUCCUCAACAUGGUCAUGAUUAGUGACCUGCCACAUGUAGCCUACCUCAGGAACUUGCACAAAGAGGAAAUUGUGAGAACGGGUUUAGAUUCCAAUGGUCGGCCAAAGUCUAGAAGAAAAUUCUCAAUGCGGGAAAACAGUAAAACCACUCGCACGUUAAGUCUAUCAGGCAGUCGUAUGACUCUUCCUGAUUUUCUCAACUGGGGGUCCAGGCCUGUUACCUCUGGGGAACCUUCUUCUGAAUUACUAACUGCAGAGUCCAUAGGAACUGACCGUCGCAGCAAACUGAUCUCGGGACCCACUAAUUUUAAUCACAUAAGUCAUAUGGGCCCAGGAGACAGCAUAGAAAUCCAGCGCCUAGUUGACCUACCCUCCCGACUCAGUACUGCUGUUGACCAACGCACACAACACACACAGUCCAUCCAUAGGGUGCGCAGUAUGCUUCAAACAAGUGGAAAGUUAGCCCCACCAAGAUUACCCCAGGGACCUGAGCCUCCUCGCCGUUCCUUCAGUCACCAGCCGCUUCCACAACCUCAUUACUCAAAUGUUCAUAAUGGUAGUGGACCUGCACCAGUGCCAGGCUCUAUGCGUCGGACAGGAAUGCCUCCACUCCCACCCACCUCGGCUCCACAGCACCUGCCUCCACAACGCUCACCUGAAGAGCCUCGUCAUCAGAUUAUCCAUCAGCUUCAAGAGCAAGAGUGUGGAGAUACGUCACCACGUCACUCCAUUGCCUCCAACACUAGCAGUAAUCUCUCCUCCCCACCUUCACCUGGUCGACCUCCAGACCAUCACUCGUCAUCGUACGAUUCAUAGGGAUACGUCUGGCCUGGUGAGAGACUAUGAGCAGGUCCCUCACAGGCUGGCAGAUAAGGGCUGCCACAAUCUUGUAUGUAGUUACAUUGUUUAUAUGAAAAAAAUGCAUUGUGGAAGUAUCUGCUCAAACUAUGUUAAAAAAUGUUAUUUCCACAACACUAUAUUUUAGGUUUUAUUGAUGAAAGAUGAAUAAGAUAUUAUUUGAAUUAGCAAUACUUCAACAUUGUCACAAUCUUAAACUUAACAAUGCCAAUGAUAGUAUGUCACAAAUCAAAAAGCAAAAGGAUCAUUGUCCUGAAGCUGUAAACCUAGGCCUGAUUCAGCUUUUUGCUGCACCUGUCCACUUCAUGAUAAUUAAUCAAAUACACAUAAUUAUGCAGGAAUUGAUUAUUAUUUCAUAAAGUACACUUUACUACUUCUCUUAGUUCUACUUCUUUGAUAGUCAACAAGGUAUUGUGUCUGUUGAAUGAUGUACGAGUACUUACACAUGACAAAAUAUUAUAUAUAUAUAUAUAUA